AAAAAGAUGGCAAGAAUGGCAGCCUUUGUCUGUGCUUUGAUCAUAUGUAUUGCUAUUGUUCCAGCAGCAUAUGGUGAAUAUUACACAAAGAGUAGGCAUGUCCCCAGGAAGGAGAAGGUGACCCGCCUUCACUUCUUCCUCCAUGACAUUCUUAGUGGAAAAAAUCCUUCUGCUGUCAAGGUAGCCGGGUCUAAUCGCACCGAAGGUGACAAAUCACCAACACCAUUUGGCAGCGUGUACGCCAUUGAUGAUCCUCUUAAAGUGGGACCCGAGCCCGACUCGAAGACUAUAGGGAAUGCACAAGGGCUCUAUUUAUCAUCCAGCCAAGAUUACAGUAAAUUUACUAUAGUGAUGUGUGUUGAUUUUGGAUUUACAAAAGGUAAAUUCAAAGGAAGCUCAUUUAGCGUGUUUUCGAGGAAUCCAGUGACGGAGGCUGAUCGCGAGGUUGCGGUGGUUGGAGGAAGAGGGAAGUUCAGGAUGGCUAGAGGAUUUGCCAAGGUCAAAACUAGCUAUUUCAAUGCUACUAAUGGUGAUGCUGUUCUGGAGUAUAAGGUCACUUUGAUUUAUUAGUGAGUUAGCUAUAGAUAUUCUCAUCGGGAAUUCUAGAGCACACCGCAAAACGAAAACCUGUUGGAAAAUUGUUGCCAUCACAUGGAUCGAAUGAAAGGUGCCUAAU